AUGAAAUCAUUGAUUCCUAAUCAGGUGUAUCGUCCACCAGUGGAAGCUUACCGUAGCAGCUGUAGACAGAUUAAGAAAGGGUAUCAGAGAAACAACAGCCCUCGCUAUUAUAUAUCUGUUCUUGAAGAUGAUAGUGAUGGAAAGCAAUCAGAAACAGAAGAACCUCGUAUUGUAGUUCAAAUGGACACAGAGAGUCCUGUUAUAUACCAGAAGUCAUGUUUGGACCAUUACUUUGAUAAACCUAUACAAGUAAGGGGAGAUGUACGUGUCAUAUUCUAUGAGAAAAUGAUAGGUGGUCGCCUUUUCUACUGCUGUUUUAAUACAGCUUUUAUUAAGAACAGCUUGCUACAGCUCACAGUACAAGAGUUGGACAAAGUUGGGAAGAAGGGAAGCUCAAUAUGUGGUCCUGACUUCUGCAUAGAAUUAUUGUUUGGUCCUGCUAAUACAGGAUAUUCGUCAUCAAAUAUAUCCAAUGAUGAACACUCUAGUGAUGAUUCUUUAUAA